AUGGAUUACUCAAGAUUAUCAGUGGGCAGUGGAUCUGAUGAGUCUGUAUCUCGAAAAGUAUGAGUUUCAUCAAGUUUUCUUUGUCUUUCUUAAUGUCACGGCAGCUACGGAGAGUUAUAACUUCAAUUUUAUAAAUUUCAGCGUCCAUUGGACCGAUUGAUGGUCGAGGAAAUUGAGCCGUAUGUCCGAAGAAAAAAAGGAAAUGGAGAUCGUGCAAAGAAGCGGCUGGAAAAUCUGAAUGAAGAAGUAUGUUACAGUAGCUCUAUAGUGGUUAUUCUUUAAUUUAAUGGCUGUUGAAGACCUCUAAAAAAGUUUAAAUAUCUUUUUUGAUCAAAAUAUAUAACUCUUGACAAUUUUUCGACCAAUUUUUGAUUACUAUUGUUUCCAGGAACAGAACGUCCUCCGGACAUGUAUAAACUCUCGAGAACGGAAGCGAAUGCAUGAUUUGAAUGAAGCCUUGGAUGAUUUGCGAUCAGUCCUACCGCAACAGCAGGCAGCCACCGCCAGGAAAUUGAGCAAGAUCUCCACAAUAAUCUUGGCGACAAAUCAGUAGGUUAAUGGUUUUUUAGAAAAUUUUGGGGUUUGUUUUGAGAAUUGUGAUGAUUUUGAUGAUAUCAGUCUGUCGGGAAAAUAAUGAGAACUUUGUUGCAUUUAAAAUCGCAUCGCUGCCGAGAAAAUGAAUUGUGUCGCGGCAAAAUCAAAUUGCUUUCCACUUCAGCGACGCGAUCGAUGAGGCGAUGCGAUACUCUGUGUUCAUUGUUUCCCGCAAAGACUGAUAAUACGGUGCGGUAGUUAGAAAGACAAUAGUAAAUUGGGGUACGUCGUCGAACAAUAUUUUUUUUCGAUUUUGACUUGUAAGACUUAUACCUGGUUAGACUGGACACAGAUGAAGUUUUUGUUAAAGUGGUCUUGGAUUUGGCUCGCCAAAAAGAUAAAAAAGAAAGAAAAAAUUGAUUUUUUCAUCGCUGUAUUUUAUCCUAUCACUCUGUCUGGAAAAUAAUGAGCACAAUGUCGCUGCGCCUCUCAUGUUACUGAACUGAAAAGCAAUUUUAAUUUGCCGCGAAAAAAAUCAUUUUCUCAUGGUUUGCCGCACCACAGUUCAAUCUUUUGCGAUGCGAUUUUCGAAGGGACAAAGUGCUCAUUAUUUUCCCGACAGACUGAUAUAUGCUUCAUAAAUCUAACAUAUCUGCCCGUAUAUAACUUGAAUGGCUUUCUAAACCAAUCACAAUCUCAAUCCUUUUUUCAGUAUCCGCCAACAAACCGAGCAUGUUCGUCUCCUGAUGAGUGAGCUCCGAAACCACGGAAUCGAGACUCCACCCGAGCCUCAACCCCUUCAAGCGCCCGUAUCUCGCUCUCAAAGUCCUGUAGCCAAGGCAGACUCCCCCAAAGUUCAGUUUGCGGCCACACCAACCCCAGCACUCCCAUUGGCAAUGCCAUUCGCCACACUGAACCCCGUCUCCUUGAUGUUUUUGAAUCAAAUGUCCCGCAUUUGCAUGCGCCAUCUGAAUCCCACGGCCAAUUGCCAGUGCCCGCAGUGCUUCAUGAAGGUCAAUUGA